AUGCGAGCGCAUCCGAUGCAAAGCAACGCAAUUGCAGGCCAACCUAUUGUAGUCCGCGGUGGCGGCUGUGACUUUGAAGAGGAGGAAGAGCAGGAGGAGAAGUGUCAUCGGAAGUGCGCUGAGCUGUGCCGCUCGCAUUCAGAGGUGGUUUCGCUCUCUCGCCGCCUAUCCUCCUGUCGCCGCUGUUUGAUUGAGACUUUGCCUCUCCUUGGUUCCGGCUCCUGCUUGCUGCUCGACCUCGACUUUCAAGCUGUUCGGACCUUCGCCUUGUCGCAAACGACCCUCUUUCUUGAGUCACACUGCAACGUCUUCCUCUCACCCACAUCCUCGCAAGUCACCUCUUUUCUGCUGCUCCAUCGAUCAACCUUCACUCGAGCCAUCUUACUGGAGACCUCGACCUCAUUGAGCUUUGCCGCUCAGCUUUGCGACUUCUAUCACACCUGUGGACGCUUGCUUCGUUUCCUGACCGCCGAUCUCGACUUGUCAAUCAGAGCUGACCGCCAUGGAUCUCCUCGCUGCUUUUGA